AUGGCUGGGAAAGUUUUCCUGAUGUACCUGACAAUCUAUCCCGCCCUACAGAUAAGGACAGAAAGCAUGGAGGAGUAUGACUACGAUUACCUCAGUGUCAAUAAAACCUGGGUCCUGACCCCCAAGGCGCAGGAGACGGACGCCACACAAAUCCUCAACUCACUGCUGAAGAACUACGACAACAAACUGAGGCCUGACAUCGGCAUCAAGCCCACAUUCAUCGAUGUGGAUAUCUAUGUGAACAGCAUUGGGCCGGUCUCCGUCAUCCAGAUGGAAUAUACCAUUGAUAUCUUCUUUGCUCAGACCUGGUAUGACCGGCGCCUUCGCUUUAACAGUACCCUCAAAGCCCUCACUCUGAACACUAACAUGGUGAGCCGCAUCUGGAUCCCAGACACCUUUUUCAGGAACUCCAAGCGGGCCGACUCACACUGGAUAACCACACCCAACCAGCUGCUCAGGAUCUGGAAUGAUGGCAAGGUGCUCUACACGCUCCGGCUGACCAUAGAGGCGGAAUGUCUACUCCAGCUGCAGAAUUUUCCAAUGGACACGCACUCCUGCCCGCUGGUUUUCUCCAGUUAUGGCUACCCGCGAGAGGAGAUUAUCUACCGCUGGAGGCGUUACUCCAUUGAAGUCUCAGACCAGCGCACCUGGAGACUUUAUCAGUUUGACUUCACAGGCCUGAGGAACACAUCAGAAGUUCUCAGGACAGGGGCUGGGGACUAUAUGGUCAUGACGGUUUCCUUUGAUCUGAGCAGGCGGAUGGGCUAUUUUGCCAUUCAGACCUAUAUCCCCUGCAUCCUGACCGUAGUUUUGUCCUGGGUUUCCUUCUGGAUCAAGAGAGACUCCACACCGGCCAGGACUUCUCUGGGUAUCACCACAGUGCUCACCAUGACCACCUUGAGUACCAUCUCCCGCAAGCACCUCCCGAGGGUCUCCUACAUCACUGCCAUGGACCUCUUUGUCUCGGUGUGCUUCAUCUUCGUCUUUGCCGCUCUCAUGGAGUACGCCACACUCAACUACCUGGUGGGAAACAAGAAACCGCCGGAGCACAACAGCAAGAAACCCAGACUGCCACCUGCCAAUGCCCAUGUGAUGCCCUCCUUCACCACCAUCAACAUCAACAACCUCAUGCACUGGCCUCCUGAGGUAGAGGAGGAGGAGGAGUCGGGUGCCCCUUGCCUAGAAGGGAAGGAAUGUGAGAGGUUUUUUUGCUGCAUCGAGGACUGUCAGACAGGGACGUGGCGGGAGGGCCGCAUCCGCAUUCACAUCUCCCGCCUGGACUCCUACUCCCGGGUUUUCUUCCCCACCGCCUUCCUGCUCUUCAACAUCGUGUACUGGAUCGCCUAUCUCUAUCUCUAG